CCUUUUUCAGAAUUAUUCAUGCAAAGCAAAGAUUGCAGUAAGAGAAGAUGGCAAUGAAGGUGUUUGCUGUGGCUCUGCUCUCUGUUUUCAUGGGGUUUAUGGUGUCCAUUUCUGAUGGAUUAAAUCCGGUCGACUGCUCUGACAUCUAUAAAUCUGGACAAACCAUCAGUGGGAUCUACUCCAUCUAUCCAGCAGGUGACGUUCCUGUCUGGAUUUACUGUGAGAUGAUCUCAGGUGGGAAAGAUGAAGACAACGGAGGAUGGACGGUGAUUCAGAGGAGAAUGGACGGCAGUGUGAACUUCUAUCGGGCAUGGAAUCUGUACAAGAGAGGAUUUGGGAAUGUGCAGGGAGAAUACUGGCUGGGGCUGGAGAACAUGUACCAGCUGACAAGCAACAGGAAGUACAUGCUGAAAGUGGAUCUGGAGGACUUUAAUGGAAGGAAAGGUUAUGCUGUGUACUCGUCCUUCUCUGUGGGUCCUGAAGCUGAUGGGUAUAAACUACAAGUUUCAGGAUUCAAAGAUGGAGGAGCAGGUGAUUCUUUGUCCUUCCAUAAUGGACAGAAGUUUUACACCUUUGACAAAGACCAAGACAACGACAAGAGAAACUGUGCGAAACAGUUUCUCGGGGCAUUUUGGUACUAUAACUGUUACAAUGCAAACCCCAAUGGUGUGUAUUUGGGGGGUGAAUAUUCCACCGAUAUAGCCAUUGGAAAUGUUUGGUACACCUGGAAGGGCAAUUGGAAUAUCGGUAUGAAAUCCAUCACCAUGAAGAUCAAACCUGUGCCCUAAAAACACUGUUUUCAGGAGCAAACAUCUGAUGAUGUUUUCACUAUAUUACAAAUGUGAAGGUUCAAGCAAAUCAACAAUUGCUUUUCUCUUUUGAUUUAUUAUUGUAGAAAUUAAUGUGAAUGUUCUAACAUUACUUUUUGAAUUGCUGUUGUAACUCUAGACAAGCUAAGAAAAAAAUGAUCAGGUGGUGUUUGUUUUGCUUUUACGUAAUCUUUGUUUUACCUGAAUAUCUGAGCUCAUUCAGAGCCUGAUCUCUGAGUUACAUUAACUUUCAUUAUAGCAGCCCUGUGAUUCAACAAUAAAAGGCCUGGAGUUUUCAGUGUAAUUUAGAGAUUAAGAAUUCUGAUUGAGAGAGGGGAACUUUCUUUUGGCACACAGUGACAUCAAGAACCAGCAUAUGAAUCUCAAGAAUGGUGACAAACAGCAUAUUCAGACCAACUGUAAGAAUCACAAAACAAGCUUCUAUAGAAUUGUUGCUCAUAAUUUAUUGAUGCCGCAAAGCAUGAUGGGAGCCAUAAAUGAGUUUUGAUUGGUGGCACCCAGAAUGCAGUGCAACAUGCUUUUUGUUGGUCACCAUUGUUGAGGUUCUCAGGCUGAUUCUUGAUUUCUGUGUGCCUAAAUGAAAAAACUUUUUUUUUUAACAAGGUUUUGAUCAGAGGUGCUUAUAAGAAUUUCUCAGCCAAUGCUGAAAACACCUAAACUUAUAUUGUACAUUACAACCACAGGACGUCUGUUAUUGAUAAGACACACCCAACUCAGAAACCCAGAUCAAAUGAUGACGCAAAAACAAAUAACACCACCUGAUCUCAUUUCCUUCUUGGCUUGUCUAGCUGCUAUUUCACAAUUAGCAACUAGAGCUGUAGUCAAGUCCGGCUUUGUCGAGUCCAAGUCAAGUCCAAGUCCAGGAUUAGUCGAGACCGAGUCCAAAGAGGUUCGAGUCCAAGUCAAGUCCAAGUCCAAAAGCUUCGAGUCCAAGUCCAAGACCGAGUCCAAAUGAAAGAAAAAAGGGUCCUCUUCAAGACCACAUACUCAACUGAUAAUGUUUGUGAUGCGAGAGAAAGCAUAUCUCCUAUUCUAAGAAAAUCAUUUUACAUUAUUAUUUGUAAUGAUCAAAAAGCAUGUGCAAAGUCACAACUCUGUAGGACAGGGGUCUCCAAACUACAUCCUGGAUGGCCAAUGUCCUGAAAAGUUUAGCUCCAACUGGCCUUAAAACACCUGGAAGAUUAGUGUGUCUAGUAAGAGCUUGAUUAGGUUCAAGUGUGUAUAAUUAGGGUUAAAGCUAACAGGGGCGUUAAACAAGAUCCCGGGCCCUAUGCAUAGGCAGUCCUGAUGGGCCCCCAUGGCCCCCACUCAUGUAAAUAUCCAGGUAAAAAAUAUAUAUUUCAGAUUCAUACUUUUCAAGGGCCCUCUCUUCCUUUGGGGCCCUGGUAAUGAGUACUGGUUUUACCCCCAGUCCGACCCUGGGAGCUAAACUUGGAUAAACAAACAAAGUUUGGAACUGUAAGGUCAAAUAAUUUUUAUGUACUUUAUUUUUUGUUGACAUUAUAUCUGUGGUCAAAAAUGUAUAUGACUAUGCCUAAUUGGCACAGUGCACAGACACACGCAAAGCUCGGGAUAUGACAAAUGCGCGCAGCAAGGCUAGAAUGGAUACGUUUGGCUCUACUGGGCAUGCGUACAUUAAAUACAGUGAAAUUUUUGUCAUACUGUACUAGGGCUUGCAUAGACUAGUCGAGCACUGUCGGAAACAAUCGACUACUCCAGCAUGCAUGAACCAUAAUGCAUACAAAGUGUUUGCAAGUACGACGUGAAUUUUAGAAUUACAAUAUUGCGUGGAGCUGUUACUAUAUGACCUUAUCUAUGUUGCAUGUAAAAAUAAAAUAUGUAAUGUAAUAAUUAGAGUUGUGCCUGAAGCCGAAUACCUUAUUCGGAAUGGCACGGAUAAUGGCUUAAAAAACGAAUAACGCUCAAGGAAUAAUUCUGCCUGAAUACUCGGCUAAAGCUGACAGAGUCUGGUGUUUGCUAGAUAACAGGUGAGCCAGGGCAUCAGCGCCAGAAUGAAUGUAAACUUUAUGAGUGAAAAGAGAGCAAAUCAAACACCGCUUGGUGUCGCCUCUCUGUUUAUCUCUCAGAAAUCAGAGUGUUGCAAGAGUAAUUUUACCUAUAAUAAUACAUCAUAGCUACACGUUAUAUUAUUUGUAUAUAUUUAAAAGGCAAAUAUUGAAAGCUUAGGCUACCAUGAUACGAAUGAAUGGAUUAAGCACAGCGCGCUCACCAAUCAAACAGCCGCGCUGCGCGUCUCAGUCUCUCAAAAACCAAAUCAGUUCUCUCUCAAGAGUAGGCUAAUAAUCAGCUUCGAUAAGGAUACAUUGUCUACUUGUCCUAUGUGUUUGCAUAUUUACCUUUUGCUGGUUUGCGUGGCACACACACAUCUGUUUAGUGAAGUUCAUUAACAUUAAGACUCGCUCAAAGUGUUCUGCGUAAUGAGAAUGUGUGCAUUGAAUGGAUUCAGUCGUGUUCAAAUGAUCACUAAACGUUUGUCAUGACAUCUCUCUGCUUGCAUGAUAAAUAUUAUUUUAGAAAUUAAUAAUUAUUUCAGUUUAACACGACAUACUUGUUCAGUGAUAACUACGAAAAAAUAUAUAAAAAGUCAUAACAGUCUUAUCAAGUAACUGUACGAUGUUGUUUCCGAAUGCAGAUAGGAAAAAUUUUGUGAUUGUUACAGAUACAAAUACUGGCUGUUACAUGAAAAUGUAAAUAUGUAAUGUCAUAUAUAAAGUUUUAAAAAUUUACAUAUGUAAUUGUUGCAUAAGGCUAUACAUUAAUACGCGUUUAUUGAUAAAAAAAAGGCUAUCUAGGUGUAGACGUAAAUAAAACACAAUCUAACAGGUAGAAAAUUAAAUUAGAAACAUCUAAACUUUUCAGGUCGCAGUAAGUGCACCACUGGUCAUGAACAUCCUUUCCCGGAACAAUACUGAAAGCUAAGGCAAGAUGGAGAAACAGAUGAUCAUAGUUGUACAAGGAUAGCCAUUUUUUAAAUGAAUCUAUUAGCAGAGCUACUGCAAGUGAUUUUAAGUGCUGGAAUUCCAUUUAUUCUUUGCUGAAACUUCUGCGUCAUCAUGGAGAGCGGGUCAUGGUUGCCCAGCGCAGGCUACAGAGUGCUUUGGAAAUAAGGAGAGCGGCGCGCCUAGCGUUUUCCACACGUUUUCAGUCGCGACAUCAUGCAAAUGUGGUUUUGUUUUGAAGGAGAAAUUUUUUAUUUUAUUUUUUUACUGGACUCGGUCAAGACCAACUAGAAGACUUGGCGAGCCCAAUGGCCAAGUCCGAGACAAGUCCGAGUGCAAAUUCAAUGAGUCCGAGACGACAAAAAAAUGUCUCAAGUCCGGACUCGAGUUCAAGACCUGACUCGAGUACUACAGCCCUACUAGCAACCAAAAAAAAAACUGUUUAAAAUGUUAAGGGUCAAGAGUCCAACUAAAGCAAACACUGACCACUACAAUGGUAAGCAAAUUAAUAAUUUUUUUCCUUCAGUGAUUCUGUUCGUGAACUUUAGGUGUCUUCAAUAAUUCUGUUUUGGGGGCCUUACUACCUUUUGAACAUGCUGCCUUUAUCAUAUCUAUGUAAGCAACAAAAAUGUGAAUUUGUAAAAAGGCUGAUGUCAUGUGCAUGCAUAUAAUUUUUUCGAAGGGUGUUUCAUGAUCGCCAACUACUGGCCUGGCAUGCGUAACAUAGUAUUCUUUAGCAUAGUUUUUUUUUUUUUACAUCACUUUUCCUUUUUUUUCAUCCAAUGAAAUCAAUAUUUUUGUGUAAAUUUUACUGAAUUUUUUCAUGUUAUUCUACUCAUUUUGAAUGGUUAAUUCUGCUUAAUUAAAAUGUGUUAAGUUUUAUUAAUAAUACUGCUUGUAAAUUUUUGACAAUUUUAUUGAAUAAAUAUAGAGAAUCACUUUUUACAGUGUUGACUCUGUAGAGGU